GGCAGUGCCAGAUUUUUCACCCAGGUGACAACAGGGAAACUCAAUCAAUAUGAAAAAGUUAACUAUUUUUUUAAUACCAAGCAUAUUUCUGAAUAGAAACAUAUCAAGAUUUUAAGAUGAGUAAGGAGCCAAAUAUGGAGGGCUGGUCUAAAGCCCAAAUUCGGAACUACAGAGGGACACUUUUGUAUGGAACGGACACUAGUCACAUUCACCCCAUAUCUCCGAAAAUCCAAAAGAAGAACAUAAACGGUGGCGUAUGGGAAAAAAACCUGCCUCCGAAUAGGCCAGCAGUCUUGACCGAAGAACAACUUAAAGAAUGGCAUGAUGUGAAAACAGCAACUGGAGAUUUCGCUGACGUUUCGACCACUCACGGCGUUCUACAGAUCCAUACUUCUACGACGUGGAUAACAAAGUUCUUUUGGUUCGCCGUCGUCGUAAGCGUAUCCAGUAUGACGAUCAACGGGUUGGUGCUGAUUUUCCAGCGUUACUUGAAGUUUCCCGUAAAAGAUAGCAUUAUGAAAGAGUACAAAGUCAUGGCAUUUCCUUCGGUGACCAUAUGUGGAAUUUAUCCUCUUCAAUCACGCGAGAACGACAAUAAAACUGCCUUGACGAAAAUGCUCAUCUACGAACUUGAGCGCAGAGACAUUCUGUACAAAAAAGCCGAAAAGCUAUUAGUGGCCGGAAAUAAAACGGAAUUCUGGGAAAGUAUCAAAGCAUACAAAAAACGUUUGAUCACUAAUGAACGGUACUUUGAAACGAUCCAAGACCCGAAGCUCGAGUAUCUCUACACAAAUUUCAAAGAUAUGGUCAUUCAAUGCACCUACAAUGGCGUAACAUGUUCAGAGGACGAUUUUGAAGAAUUUGAACAUGCAAUGUAUGGCAAAUGCUUCACAUUUCGCACGAACAAGUUCGAAGAAGAAUACAUAGCCAAGGAAACAGGCCCGAGCACGGGUAUCACGAUCAUCAUGUUUACUGGAACAUUUGACCCUUUAGAGGACCAAGAUACACAAGAUUAUGGCUUUUCAACUGAGCAUGCGACCGCAAGUGAUGGGGUACGAAUGAACAUCCAUCCUCCCAGUUCAAUGCCCCAGCCGUACAACAAAGGAAUGGACUUGGCCCCGGGACAUUUCACCUCGAUCGGUCUAACCCAGACUUUGAGAAGCACGUUGAUACCUCCUCAUGGUGAUUGUACUUACAACAGAUACAACCCGGGAACAAACUUCUCUUACACAAAGGACACCUGUCUAAUGACGUGCCUACAGACAAACGUGAAAAGAGAAUGCGGGUGUUUCACGCCCAGAGGUCCAAUCCCAGCUGGUACAAAUCUGUCACUCCCCGAGAAUGUCUAUUGCGGAAAAUUUGAGCACUUCUUGGUGUAUUAUGGUGAACAUAACAUAACAAGCAAUGCUAUGAAUGAGUCCAUUGAUGCUGAUUAUACACAACGAAUUUUUGAAGAAUUGACACCAAAAUUGGACUGCGAAAAUAGGAUUCUUCAGACGUUCUAUCGUAAAUAUGCCGAAGACUGCAAAUGUGCGAGGCCAUGUGAUGAAAUUGGGUACAAACAGGUGAUCAACCUCAGUCAAUGGCCACACGAGAAAUACUAUCAAGGGCUUGAUAAAAGGCGGUUCUUCGAGUUGAUAAAUGGCAACCCAGUUUCAAAGAAAUAUUUCGAAGAAAAACUUGACACGGAUAAACUUGAUCAGUAUUUAGCAGACACCACCAAAUUUACUGAGGAAACCAAUAAGGACAUAUAUGGACAUACGAUGUUCACUAAAUACCAACUAGCAAACAAACUUAUCGAGAAGAACUUUAUAAAGUUGAACGUUUACUUUCAGUCUCUGGAAGUAGAAAUUGUUAGCUCUUCAAAGGCGUACCAGCUGGACCAGGUAAUUUCUGAUAUUGGCGGGGUGUUUGGUUUCUACAUCGGCAUUUCUAUCGUUUCGAUUUUUGAACUUGGGUCUCUUUUAAUGAAAAUCGGAAAAAUCACAAUGUGUGCAAGGAAACCUGAGGAAAUGAAGAAACGGCAAAAAGUAGUUCAUUUGAUAUAA